CAUGCGUUGGCGUCCCUCGAAACAAACACUUCCUGGCCGGCGAGCGUCACUCCGAUCCCCCGGCCUGCCCUGCCCGGACCACCAGCUAACCCGCGCCGCCUCCACCGCACUUCAGCACCACUCAGGCACCAUGGCUGAAUCUCUCCGCCGUAUGGUCAACAACGGGAACUUCACAUCCCUGCAGGACAAGCUAGAAAAGUGGCUAGAUGACUACCACAUCAACACGAAUGACCAGAAUGUGGCGCGUGCCUGUGAGCUGGUUGAGCUGAACGCCAGGGUGCAGGGGCAGCUCUUCACUCUCCUCAACCUGGUGGCUUCAGAAGGUGGUCUGUAUGGAGGGGUGAACACGCUGAAGAACAGGCUGCUGCCAUGGCUGAGUUCAGGCUUCGCCGCCUCCGCCGCCAGCGUCUCAGCCGACACCAGCCUCGCCGUCCUGGCCGAGGCGGCCGACAAGGACCGCCAGAUCACCGAGAUCCAGUCUCACUACGAGCAGCAGCUGGACAACAUGGAGAAGGACCUGCAGGACACCAAGGACGACGCAGCCGCCCUGAAGGCUGAGUUGGACGAAACUCGUGAUGAACUGGACGAUACUCGGAGGAAGUCCACGGGAACCAUGAUGGCCACGGAGGAUGAGAUUAUCCGUCUGAAGGAAGACCAGGUACGAUCCUUACAGAAUCGGAUCAAAGAUCGUAGGCGGCAGUUGAGGCUUACGAGAGACGAAUCUUCUUCCCUGCGCACCAGGGUUGACCUGAUUGGUGAUUAUGAGCGCCAGGUCCGGGUUCUGCGGGAUGAGAUCGCCAUUCUCCGAGGAGAGAGAGCUGCACUGGAGAAUGGCCUGCCCGAGCCCCUGCCGCCCCUCCCACCACCACGGCCCGGCUCCCCGACCCACGCCAAGCUGACCGACUCUGUGCGCCGCUCGCGUCUGAUUGGCCGGUACAACGAUCUGUUCAGCAUCGACCGUGUCGAGGCCCUGACCACCCUGCGCCGCUACAUCCCCGAUGACGAGGAAAUGGUCCAGCGUAUCGUCUUUGUAGGAGUGCAGGAGGCGUUCCAUGCUGCUAAGAUGGCAUUCCGUGCGAUGCGCCUGCGCGUGCGUAAGAACCUCGCCAUCACCCACGUCGGGCCGGAGACUCUGGAGGAGGCUGUUCUUGAUUACAUCGUCAGGAACACCGACCUGUUUGACGUCAACGGUGCUGUUCAGGACACCAUCCGUGCCAUGAAUGUCAACCCUAAGAUCUCCUUCCCGGCUGAGAUUGACUUCAACCUGCUGCAUCCGUUCAUCCGUGAGGUGUGCCGCUGUGGCUGGGGCAUGUGUGCUCUGGAGCCGCCGCUCGACAUCUCACCUGCCACUGAUGCAGAGCUGUACAACGAGCUCAAGUACCGUAGGAGCUAUGACUCUGAGUUCACGGCUCCCCUGGUGGCCUAUCACGUGUGGCCAGCACUGAUGGAGUAUGACAGGGUCGUGGUCAAGGGAGAGGCUGUGACUAAGAGGGGUGCUUCAUUGUUUUCCCCGCGCCGUAGUCGGAGUCGCAGCCCGAGCCCGAGGCUCCGUUCACCAAGCCCUUCACCUCGCCGUGCCACCAGCCCGCGGCCCAUGAGCCCCAGCAGGAGCCGCUCUCCCAGCCCCACGCGGUCGGGUAGCGCCAUGUCAGUCAGUUCGCGCCCUAGCAGUCGGUCCUCACCGCGACCCUACAGCGCCGCGUCCUCCUACGUCAGCUACUGACACUGAACCACUGACGAUGGAGCAGCUGUUCUGAGAUUCGAUGCCUCGCAUAUGGGCGUCUUUGAAUUUCAAUGUUACAGACCACCUACAGUAACUACUAGUAUUUCCCUGAAUGAACUCCAAAAUUUACCUUCCAAUACCUGGUAACUGAGUGUAAAAAUGUUGGAUAUUUUCUAUAACAUGGAUGUAAAGACCCUGCGUAUAGGGUGUGCACUGUUACACAUUCAGACACGAGUAAAAUAGAUACUCAAAACAGCAAAGAUAUCACAGACAGAGGGCUAUAGUAACUUAUACUGUGCAUUUUGGAUUUGAUACAGAAUUUGUGACUUUCAGGUUUGUUCAGCAGUCAAGCCAGUACUCAAAUGAUGAUGGAAAAAUGUGUAGAAAUAUCCAAAUAGGAGUUCAUAUCUCUGUACAAUUGUACAUCUUGGCGUUUGUUAUUACACAAUAAGGAAACUUCUCAGCAAACUAGACAAGCCUUUCUCUGUGUGAGGAAAUCAGAAGUGGUACAGAAUUUGUACCGUAAUCCUUUUUGCGUGAUGAAUGGAAAAUAUGUAGAGUUGAUAAUGACAUUUUGUGUGGAUUUUAAUAGAUAGGUGUAGAGGUACUUGAUUUAUUUUUGUUAAUAUUCACCAUUGAGUGUUACUAAAAGCAUGGACAUCCAUCGCUACUUCACAGUGUUACCAGUGGUGGAGGCUCAUGACUACAUAUUCCUUCCAAGCAGAUAGCUGUUUGCUGCUAUGUGUGUGUUCAGCAUUAUGCACAUUGAUUCUUGUAGCAUUAUGCAAAUUAUUUCACCAUAUUUGGUAUCUAUAGAAGAAGACUAUAUAUAUAUAGAUUCUUAAGUUUGUACACGGGAGGAUGGGCAGUAUGUGAGGGAAUUUUUAAAGUCAUGAAUGCAAAUUUUGUUUGAGACUACAAAUAUUAUAGAAAACAAUGUUUUACUGUGGCAUUGUAACAAAGUAAUGAUAAUGUUCAUUUUUAGCUUUGUGGAUUUGACUGGACAACUUUUUCUCAUUUUUUGUAUACAUUGGUGCCUUUUUAUUUGUAUCAUACCAUAAAACUUUAUAGAAGACUUUUACUUUAAAUAAAUUUGAGAUAAACUUGACAGCAGAACGCAUGUCACGACAAUAUGCAUGGUUGAAAUGGGCAGUACGAAUCAGAAAUGUCCUCUAUACAUAUCUAAAUAAUGUUUUUUUUCCAUAGUACAUGUCAUAUGUAAUGAACAUGAAACAGUUUGGUUUGUAACUAACUAGUGUGUAGGGAUGUUUUUGCACCUUGUUUGACUUCUUGAGAAACAAUAAAAAGAAUAAAAUCUUCUGAAA